GUGAUUUAUUUCAUGCUUUUCAGUGGUUUACUGAAAUAUAAUGGUAGAUUAUAUCCUGGUAAACCCACAGUGAAAUUUAUCAAAAUAUAAUUUUCACUGUGCCGGACUACUUUCUUCCCCCAAUUGGACACCUCUCUAUGUACAUGUAUAUACAUGAGGUGACAGGUUGGUUGUAGUAGCUUCCCUUUGUUUACAUGUUUGUAACAACAACAACAACACCUGUCAAAUCUGACGUCUGCUUUAGUAUACAAUCAAGAUGUCUGUAGAAGAACUGGAUCCAGAGGUCUUGAAUGACAUUUUCACAAAUUUCUUUGACCAGGAGGAAUAUGGAGACUUUCAGGUUGCAGACAGGAACUUUAGACAAGUAGAUGCUGACCAGUUUCUUAAAGAAAAUGAAAAUAAAAAUACCCAAAAGAAGACAGAGAGUGACAUGAAGUUAUUCUUCUCUUUUCUGAUGUCAAAAAAUGAAAUGAGAAAACCAGAAUACAUUCCCCCAUAUCAGCUUAAUUCAUUACUGUGUGAAUUUAUCUUGGGUGUUACCAAGAAAGAUGGCAGGGAAUAUGAGCCUACAACUUUGCGGGGCUUUAUAAGCUCUGUUGACAGAUAUCUAAAAGCAAGUGACAGCAAUGUUGCCAUAUUCAAGGACAGAGAAUUUUCCAAAACACGAGCUGUCCUUUCAAGAAAACAGCAACAGCUGAAAGGCCAGGGACUUGGCAAUAAGCCGAGAGCUGCAGAAACCAUGACAGAGUCUAUCAUUGACCAGAUGCAUGAAGCCAGGACACUAGGUGACUACACUCCAAGGUCUUUGUUACACUCCAUGUGGUUUGUAUGCACAAACCAUUUUGGAAUGCGGACAGGCAAAGAAUGCCGUGAUCUCUGCUGGGGAGAUAUUCAUCUUAGAAUGGACGAAACUUCUGGUGAGGAGUAUCUUAUAUAUGACCAAGAGAGACAAACCAAAACCAGAUCUGGUUCAAAUCCUCGGGACAUUAGAGGUACAAAACCCAAAGCCUAUGCCACUGCUGACGCCCAGAGAGAUCCUGUACAUCUGUACAAGCUGUACAGCCAGAAACGACCGGACGAAAUGUGCAAACCUGACAGCCCAUUCUUCCUUACACCAAAUGAUAAACCACAGAGAUGCUGGUUCAAAAAAAACCCACUUGGAAUAAAUAAACUUUACAACAUUAUGAGAGACAUGAAGGCUGAAGCAGGAAUUGAAAAUCCCAGAAUAACGCCUUACAGCUCCAGAAAACAUCUGGUUCAAACUCUAAACGAUGCUGGGGUCCCUGCCAACCAAAUCAUGCAAAUUUCUGGUCACAAGAAUGUGAAUUCUAUAAACAACUACAGUAAAAUCAACAACGACCAGUCGAGAAAUAUUUCUAAAAUACUGUCGAAUCAGAGAAAUGAAACCAACCUUCAAACUCAAGGAAGUGGUGCUGCCAGUGCUCCGGAGCCAUGGACUGGGCCUUUCGGAUCCAAUCGCUCUCGCAGUCUUUUUGCAAGCAGCACUUUCCACGGACCUGUGACUUUCAAUUUCCACAGUACAUCUGUAUCGGAAACACUGUCACAAAUGUCCACAGUUAACGUAGGCCGAAGUAAUGCAACUGCUGAAGAGUCCGUUUCCAACAUGCUCGAUUCGCCAGUUGCCACUGCCAGACCAUUCAAACGAAUAAGAAUGAUUCCAGAAAGUGACAGUGACUAACUGUAACACUCACGACACGAGAGUUUACAUAUAAGUCCAUUUAAAAUCCCACUGUUACACUGUUCGUAUUGUUUCUCCAGUUAUUUGUUCUAACUGUUUACCGAUUGACUGAAGUAAAACAAAAUGGCGGACUCGAAUUUUGACAAGCGCAAGUGCGCGUAUCUGCGCGUAUGAAUUUCACACAUUGUUUGUUUAAAUAUAUCUGAAGUUACAUGAAUAAAAUUUUUGAAGUACCAAAUAUAUUAUUUAUAUCCCUUACAAAUAAAUUAAUCUCCUUUCUUCUGUUAGACAAAACACAACCUGGACCAAAUUUGUAGAACUAUUUGGGACGCAUAACACAGCGCUGACAGUCGUAAACAGUGGGGCUCCCUGCGGGGGAAUUUUUAAAAAGUAAAACGAUUUUAUAAAAGAAACCACUGAAUAAGCAUGAAAUAAACAGAAAAUUUGUUUGUUUCGGUGAAAGAUCGAAAUUUAUUUCAUCUCGUGAACAUCACAUGUUAAUAUUUUCACUCGUGGCUUCGCCACUCGUGAAAAUAUUCAUGUGAUGUUCACUCGAUGAAAUAAAUUUUCGAUCUUA